AUGGUUACCUUUAACUGUGAAGUUUGCAACGAUACCGUUCCCAAGAAGAACACCGAGAAGCAUUACUACCGUUGCCCCAAUGCUUACUACACAUGCAUUGACUGUUCAAAGACAUUUGACGACGGUGUGAGUUACAAGCAACAUACUCAGUGUAUCAGUGAGGAUGAGAAGUACCAGAAGGCUUUAUACAAGGGUAAAAAGAAUCAGAAUCAAAAUCAAAACCAAAACCAAAACCAGAAGAAACAGAAACAAACUACUGUGACAGAAGAGAAGAAACCAGCCGAAAAGGAAACCAAGAAAGAGGUCAAGAAAUCUUUGCCAAAUUUCAAGAAAGGUGACAACUUGUACAAGAUUUUGAAAUCCUAUAAGGACAAGGACGACAAGAAGAAAUUGCUGAAAUCGCUAGUUGUCGACAGUGAAGGUCGCAUAGUACUAAAGAACUAA